AUGCCUCCCCACACAGUUGACCUACUAAUCAUCGGCGCAGGCCUCCACGGCCUCAUCAUGGCCAAGACGUACCUAGAGAUCCAUCCAGCUGCAACGCUGCUCGUUGUAGACGAAGCCCAGUCCGUCGGGGGCACCUGGGCCGCCGAACGGCUGUACCCCGGGUUAAAGACGAACAACGUUUUCGGGUCUUACGAGCUUAGCGAUUUCCCCAUGGUCUCUGAGAAGUAUGGAGUUGAUGGGACAGGACAUAUCCCUGGAUAUGUAGUGCAUGCGUAUCUCUGCGAUGCUGCUGAGCAUUUUGGGAUUACGCCGCGUCUUCGACUUGGUACGAGGGUUAUUUCGGCUGAGAUGAAUGAGAAGGGGGUAUGGGAGGUUAGGGUUGGGUCUGCUAGUGGAGCAGGAAUAAUCAAUAAUGUACUCGCCACCAGACUGGUAGUUGCGACAGGGCUUACAUCGAAGCCCCAUAUACCAGAGAUACCUGGCGCCGAGACAUUCGACCGUCUCAUCGUCCACUCAAAACAGCUCAAGGAGCACGCCCAACCACUGGCAGAGAGCAAGAGGAUAGUCGUGGUCGGCGGAAAUAAGUCCGCAUGGGACGUCUGCUAUACAGCUGUCCAGUCCGGCUCGCAGGUCGACAUGAUCAUUCGGCCCUCAGGAGGCGGCCCAAGCUAUCUCUGGCCACGUAGUUUCUCGCUGGGUCCGUUCAGGACAUCACUGGCGAAGCUUUCUACUACGAGAUUCUUUACCUUGUUCGAUCCAGCGCCAUUCUACCAGAGCGGGCACUUCUCGUGGAUGAAACGGGUGCUCCACCGAACAGCACUGGGGCAGAGAAUCUGUCGAUAUUUCUGGACGUAUCUCGAUUCUCUUAUUCGACGACUCAAUGGGUACAGCACACAUCCUGAACUGAAGAAGCUAGAGCCGUGGACGACUCUCUUCUGGAUGGGAAACUCUCUUAGUGUGCAUAACUACGAAACGAGCUGGUUUGAUCUCGUCCGUGAGGGAAAGAUACGAGUACAUAUUACAGAUCUGGCAAGCCUGUCACCUGGAAAGGUCCACCUGGCGAAUGGGGAGAUCCUGCAUGCCGACUCCCUAGUGCUGUGUACCGGGUGGGCUACUGAUAUCCCUGUACAGCUGGGCAUUCAGGGAGACGACGAUUUGAAUGGUGGCAAAGAGGCCGCAAAGACAGUCUAUCAAAGUGUUCCUUACCUGGCAACCCUGUCUCGACGGACAUCCAACGCUCCUAAUUGUGGACUAUUCUCCUCCGGGAAGCUAACAACCUCUCCAUUGCUAUACCGCGAUAUGAUCCCAGCGCAGAAGUCAUUCAUUGAGCAAAGGAACCUCGCGUUCAUCGGCAUGUCCGUCUCCAUCCACGCCGUGCUUGUCGCUCAAGUCCAAGCACUUUGGAUAGCCGCGUUCUUCGAGGAGAGAAUCGAGCAUCUCAGCCCUGAUCAUUCCAACCUAGAGCAUGUGCAAAAAUGUGCUAUUCUCGACAAGACAUACGGGGAAAUCCGCCGACCCCGAGAAACAGGAGGGCUAGCUGGACGACACGCGGAUCUGGUGUUUGAUAGCCUACCGUAUGUGGAUGAGUUACUGGGUGAUCUAGGGUUGUUAGCAAACAGGAAGGGGAAUUGGUGGAGGGAGCUUAUGGAGGCGUAUUUGCCUGGUGAUUUCAGGGGGCUGGUGCAGGAGUGGGUGAAAUUAAGAUUGUAA